AUGGCGCUGUAUUUGCACGGCGGUAGGACAAGCAACACCGGCGCUGAUAAAUUCCUAGCGGAACAUACCGAGGUAUCAGUGGGCCGAGAUGCUCUCAAUAAGGCACAGGCGGGCGUGAAAGGAGGAAACACGUUUACCGUCGUAAAUAAACCAGUUAGCAACAUGGUUAUGGUUCAAGAAUUUGAUGCAGAUACGAACGAGCGCCUGUUUGUGGUCGCUCUUAUCGAUGACCAGAAGGCUGAGGAAUACUACCAAGAGUACAAUCAAGAUAGUGGUAUCGGUCUGAAGUGUGGUGGAGCAGAGGAUGAAGGGCCAAACCACUUCUUAUUUGAGCGCGCGUCGAGAUGCGGCCAAUUCUGCGGUCGAGGCGACGAUUGUACUGUAGACCAGCGGUGCCCCGCAUGCAGAUAUCGAGAGACGAGCUCUAAGGCGCGCCCAACUAUAUGCUGUCUCAUCAGUCCUGGGACCUAUCCUUGGCUUGAUCCCAACGCUUCUCGCGCGGCACCAGAGAAUGAUCUUCUGGCCCUCGAUGAGAUAAAGACGUGGCUGUUUGGAUGGGUUAAG